AUGACUUGAUCUUUUAAGUGAGGAACACUUGUACAAAUAGUUCAGUCUCUGUGAGUCGUAUAAAACAAAAUAUACCCAAUCAUAGACUUGUUUUUAAAUUUUCUCUAAACAAUAGCCAAUAUUUAUUAUAUUUGCAGUAAAACCACAUUUCCAACUUAUUCAGUUGAGUUAUUCUUAUUCUAAUGUUCUGAACCGCUGUAACGUUACAUAACUUGUGAGAUCUGAAUUUUAAAGGCCUCCUUCUUUAUGAAGGCGUCUAUUCUAUUGCACAAAUACUUUUCAUUUGUUCAUUAAACAAAAUAGCUUUGUUAAUAAACUUGAUAAUAAGGGCGAGGAUUAGUCAUAAUUGACGUUGACGUUUUGUGAAAAUAAUGUCGGACGAACCACCUCCCGAAGCUGAACAGCCAGAGGAAGCUCCGGCCGCGGCGGCCGCGGAGUCUCCGGCUUCAGCUCCCGAACCUGAGAAACCUUCUGAAAAACCACCCGAAGAGCCGGCCGAACCUCCACCCGAAAGUGCACCGGAAAAAGCAGAGGAGAGCCCGCCAGACAAAUCAUUAGAAAAAUCGAUAGAAAAAUCAGAAGAGAAAUCCAUUGAAAAAUCCACCGAAAAGUCCCUAGAUAAAUCCAUUGAAAAAUCCGCUGUAAAAUCCAUCGCCAGCAUCAAAUCUUUUGAAAAAUCGAAGACCAUUUUGUCGUCGAAAACAAAACUCGAUGAGAAAUCGGAAUCGCGAAGAGCGAUAUCCGAUCAGGACAUUCAUAAACUGCGCGAGGGUGAGUCGCUGGUUAUGGGUAGAGGUGCAAGUCGAAGCCAAUUGAUGUUUGAAAAAAGCGGAACCCAAGUUCACAAAAUGAGCAGUAAACAGAAAGCGGUAUUGGGUAGUGUUAUUUCAAUUAGACGGGACAGCCAGGCGGAAGACAUGACAAAAAAGGCAGUCAGAUUUAUGAACACCUACGAACUCGAAUCCAAAACUCCUUUUAACUCGGAAAUGGUUUAUAAAAUACUUAAGGAUACUGUAGAUCGAUUGGCGGCCGAUUUUGAGUAUGCGCCUGAUAUUUGUGCGGAGCAGGCGAAAGUUGCAUCUAAACUUAUUAGAACUCAAGUUAAAGAACUUGCGUUCGACAGAUACAAAAUAAUCAACCUGGUAUCUAUUGGAGAAAAACAUUCCCAAGAUUUUAUGAUCACAACAAGGUUUCUGUGGGAUGCCCAAAGGGAUAAAUUUGCUAUGUAUACCACCGAAAAUACUUCAAUGUAUAUCAUUGCAAUCUGCUACGGAUUGUAUUAUGAAUGAGCACAUUCAGGGAAUUUAAACUUUUUUAUAUUUAAAUUAAAACAAGUAUAUUUCUCUACAGUCAUUAUACCACAAUAUACUUAUUAUUAAUAAGAA